AUGACGACUCCUACCAACAUUGAUCCAAAGGGUGUUCUAGCGCAGUUUUCCAAAUAUCAAGGCGACAACUACGUCGAGGGCUGGGCCGCCCUGUGGGACAAAGGAGAUAAUCUGCCCUGGGAUCGUGGCUUUCCCAACCCCGCGCUAGAAGACACCCUAGCCCAGCGAGCUAGCACCAUCGGUGGGCCCAUCACCCAGGACGGUCAGAGGCGGAAGGCCCUGGUGCCGGGCUGUGGACGUGGAGUCGAUGUACUCUUACUGGCGAGCUUUGGGUAUGAUGCCUAUGGUCUGGAGUGCAGCGCCGCGGCUGUCGAUGCCUGCAAAAAGCAGGAGAAGGAGAAACAUGACCAGUACCGUGUGCGAGACGAGAAAAUUGGGAAAGGGAGGGUCACUUUUGUCCAGGGGGAUUUCUUCGAUGAUGCAUGGCUAAAGGAAAUCGCAAUACCUCGGAAUGGAUUCGAUAUCAUCUAUGAUUACACGUUUUUCUGUGCACUGAACCCAGACCUCCGUCCUAAAUGGGCUCUCCGACACACCGAGCUCCUUGCUCCCUCACCUGCAGGCAAUCUGAUCUGUCUAGAGUCUCCUCGUCAUAAGGAUCCCUUGGCCCCGGGUCCUCCAUUUGCCUCUCCAUCCGAGGCCUACAUGGAACACCUGAGCCACCCUGGCGAGAAGAUCUCGUACAACGAUAAGGGUCUUGUCAAUACAGACCCGUUGCGAGAGCCCAGCAAGGCGGGCCUGGAGAGAGUGGCUCACUGGCAGCCGGAGCGCACGCACACUGUCGGCAUGGGUGAGAAUGGGGUGGUCAAUGACAGAGUCUCUAUUUGGCGUCGACGUGACUAG